AGGAAAAGAAUUAAUUAUAGUGAGCUGUGAUUGUAUAGAUUCGACCGCCAGAAACGGUGAUUGGGAAGUUGACGAUUUCAGCGGCAUCCAUUUAGCGGUAGAUAACGUAGUCUCACUCUCACCUCUUUAUAGUCACUGAAUCAUUAACGAUCCCCUUUCGUCAAUCUCUCUCUCUUUCUCCAAGUGCGAAGUCAUGGCUGCCUCCAUCAAACACAUGGCUCUCGCUGUUUCGUUACUUGGUUUCGUCUCUUUCAUACUCGGUGUUAUUGCCGAAAACAAAAAGCCUGCUUCUGGUACACCAAUAGCUGUGAAGGAUGGUGUGACCUGCAAGUUCCCUUCCGAUCCAACAGUUGCAUUAGGUUAUCUUUCUGUUGCAUUUCUCAUCGCAUCAACAGUCGUUGGAUAUCUUUCCCUUUUUUACCCUUACCAAGGAAAGUCUGUUCCACAAGGGGUUCUCUUUAAACACACCACUUUCCUUGUUUUCUUCAAUAUUGCAUUGUUUUCAUCGGGACUUGCUGCAACUCUGCUGUUAUGGCCAGUAAUAACGGAGCAGAUUCACCUAUCGCGCAAAGUACAUCUUGAUGCCAACUAUGCUUGCCCUACAGCUAAAACUGGUCUCAUUGGAGGUGGUGCCUUUUUAUCCCUUGAUUCAUGCCUCUUUUGGUUGGUCGCCCUUAUGUUAGCUGACAAUGCUAGGGAGGAUCAUUUUGAAGAAAACAAGACUUUUGAAGAUGCAAGUGUAGCCAUAUAGGAACAGAAAUGAAUGGAUGUGCUAUAACCUGUUAAUAAAGUCAAAGUAGAAGCAUCAAACAUUAUUUUUAUCUUGUCAUUGUUUCAAUUAUAUGAUGGAUUAUAUGGAUUUAUUUACUUUACGUGGCUGUUCUAUUUUCUAUGAAUUUCAUCGUGGUUCAAGCAGCACCACAUUGUUGUCUAUGAUCAAGAACAAUGCAACACUGUCACUUUUUUACCUUUUUAAUGAUAAAUGUUAAUAUAGUAAUUGUUAUGUUA